AUGCAACAUGAGCAGCUGCUGCGUGGCUCCACGUCCUCGUACCACAUGUUUCCGAGUGGCAAUGGGCCGGUCACGUUUCCCGCAGAAGCGACCACCGUUGCAGUAAAGAUGUGGUCAGCUGGACACAAUGUCAAGUCAAGGCAGGGAAGACUGGUCAGGUCGAGCGACAGUUGCUGGGAACUGAUGUUCAGAGCCGGAGAU